AUGAUGUCUAAGAAGUUCCUGAUCGUGGCUUUCUGCCUUGGUGCUGCCGUAGCUGAGGAGACCAACAGGGAGAAGCGCGGCUUCGUCGGGGGCCACGGCGGCGGGUCCGGCUACGGCGGCGGCGCCCAUGGCAAUGGCGGCAGCUUCCUGGUGGUGGGCGGAGCCUCCGGGGGCGGCCACGGCCCCAGUGGCGCCGACAUCGCGAACCAGGCUGCCGCUCAGGCCACCGCUGCCGCCGCAAGCCAAGGAGGAGCAGCCCACGCCGCCGCCGCAGGAGCCGCAGCCGCUGCUGCUGCUGCCUCCUCCGCGGCCUCGCACACUGCACAGGCCGCCGCCGCCAACAAGCAGGCUCAGGCAGCGCAGAUCACCCAGGGCGUCAUCGGGGCCUCGGCCGCGGCUUACCAGGAGGCCGCCCUCGCCGGUGAGGCCAACGUAGCCGAGCAGGCCGCCAAGGUGGCCGCCUCCAUGGCCAAGGGCCUCCUCGGCAACCUGGGCCUUGUGUCGGCCGAGACCAACGGGCUGGCCGGCCAGGCCGCUCACAGCCUGGGGGCGCAACAGAACGUCCUGCAGACCCAGAGCGCCAUGGUGUGGCAGGUGCAGCAGGCCGCCAACGGACUGCAGGCGCAGCAGAACGUGGUUGCCAGUGACGUGUACUCCGCCGCCGGCGCCGCCUCGCAGGCCCAGAACGCCGCCGCCAAGGCCCUGGCCAAGGCGAAGGGCGCCAACGCUGGAGGCUUCGGAGGCUACGGCGCUGCGGUGGGCUUCGGCCACGCCGGAGGAUACCACUGA